GGGCACAGCAGAGCCAAAGGAGGGAGGUCUGCACCUGACUCGCCCCUCAUCAGCACUUGGCACAGGGAAGCGCCUUAUCAUACUCACAAAUCCACAAUCCAAGUCUUGAAUGAGGUACAGAAGGCGGAGGAGGGGAGGGCGGUUAUCUAAGACUGUCAGCACACCCAUGUGCUUGGCUGGAUCAUGGAGUUACACUGUCUUCCUACUGAGACCCCCACCACAGCCAGCUCCUGCUCCACGGACCCCUUGUACGAUAACUGCCCACCUUUUGCUCAGCUAGGGUGGGCCAGGGAGAAGGAGAUGAAGAGUGGGGUCGUGUGCCCCGCUGUAACCAGACUCCCAGGCCCCUGCAGCCCUCCGCCCGGCCUGGCCCCAGCUGUGGCUGAGGUUCCCACACUAGUUGGUGGGGGAAGAGGGCCUGGCGCCUGGCCAGACCACAGCUACUGCAGCUGGAGAGGAGGCCUAGGAGGACAAGCCUCGGGAGCAGAAAUGGGUCCGGGCGUAAACAGUGCAGGAGGAGGGGAGAGAGGAGGAGAACGGGGAGGUAGCUGGGGACGAGAGGACCGGGCCAGUCUGAACCAGAGCCCCAGUCCAUCACAGAGCGAAGAACACAGGAGCGCUCUGUCUCUGUACGACAACCUCCCCGACGCCGUGGUCGCGGACCUGCAGGAGGUCUCUGACAUGGAAACAGACCUCCAGGAGCCCUUGGAGGAGCAGAUGUACCAGGCAUGUGGACCCGAACACAUCCAAGGACUGAUGGAGGACGAGGGGGUGAGUGAAGAGAAGAGCACUUGGUCUUCUUGCGAGAUCAUACUGGGUGAAAGUGGUCUGAGGAACCAUGACGAGAUUUCGGGUGAAGAGAAGGAGCAGGACCAGGAACCUGAGCUGGACUCAGAUGUCAAACUAAUGCUGAACCUCCAGCUCCUGAUGCCUUCUCCUACACAUCAGGCAAGUUACCCUCCAUCCUCCCAAACUGGGUGCCAAGCCCCGUGGUCCUCUGUUGAGGAGCCAGAGCAGUCCCCCCGGGCUCCCAGGGUGCCGCCGCCUGUUCCCCUGGCCGACCCCUCCGCCAGCGCCCUCCGCAGCCUCCUCACUAGCCUCCAACAGCAGAUAGUCCGGCAACGAGAGGAGUACGAGGAAAAAAUCAUCAGACUGGAGCAGAGAAAUGAAGAACUGCAGGUAAAGGUUGUGAGGUUGACAGCCAACCUCACGCAGCAGCGACACUGGUACCAGGCGGUCCAGGCCAAGAUUGUGGAGACCGAAAGGACCCGGGCCGCUGCUGAGCGACAGAAUGCAACGCUGCAGAGAGAGAUGGAGCAGUUCUUUGACACCUUUGGCGAGCUCAACAAUGAGGCCAAGAAGACGGAGAUAAUUGUCAAGAGCUUUUAAAGAACGCGACAUGUUUGUCACUUACACUGAAUGGUUUUAUGCCCCUGGAGAAAAAAAACAAGAAAUCAUGUGAAAGGAAAUUCUUCACCAAUGUCCAAUUUAUUUGUUGUCAGGGCGUAAAAUGUUGGCCAAGUGCUAAUGUGGUCAUUAAAUUCACACAGGAAAUAAUCUCUGAGAAUAAAAGGAAACCCAAACCCAGCAAAAUUGUAAGAUGUACAGUGUAUACAACAAAGCAUGUUCUAGGGUAAACACAAGCACCGGGACGCUCAGUCCUCGUCUCAUUAGCGGCCACUCCUUGGGUCGUUUAAGGCAUGAAUGGAAGGAUGAAAACAUGGUGGUGGUACAAAAGUCCUCAGUGAUUCCAUAGUGUCAUAUUUCUGCAUGUCCAUCAAACUGUGCAAUCAGUUCUGCAACAAAGCAGCUCAACGGUCCGUUUCCAGGGUUCGACUUUGACCCGGGUCCAGUUUCGGCUCCACAGACCCAAAGCCUCCUCAGACUUUCAAAGGAGAAAACGGAGAGCGCUUAAUAGUACAUUUAGAUACCACAUAGAAAAAGAAAAUGUCUCUCAAACAGACUUUCAGGACCAAACACAUUAAGGUUCUGUAAAUACAAGAACGGUUCUGUAUAAAUUUCUCUUGGUAGGCUUCGUUUAUACCUUCAUGCAAGAUUAACACCAUUACUGGUGUUUCACUGCCUUUGUAUUCACUGGCCCAGUGCUGAUGGAAUGGUUUAGAACAGGAGUAGCCCAUGCAUUUAUCUGUCAAUAACAUGUUUUGACAAGGAGAUUGAUUUCCAUGAGCCUUGAUAAGAUUGUGUGCAACAUUUUGCAAUUAACACAAAAAUAAACUACAUGUAUCUUUUAUCCUCUAAACAUUUA